GGACAGGAUUCAGGCAGCAACAUGAAGUGUGUCCUGUUAACCUUGCUGGUGGUGAUUGGUGUUGUUCCACUUGUCAGUGAAGACAUGGAAGGGUUACAGCAUGUGCCCUACUUAUUAUAUCUGAAAUCUAGUUACCAGCCCUGUGUGGGGAUUCUGAUCGCCCCUCGGUGGGUGGUGACGGCAGCACACUGCUUCUUACCAGAUCUCCAGAUCACCUUUUUUGGUGGUGCUCGAAAAUUUCAAGACUUCACUGGGGAGAUCCUACCUUAUGAGAAGAUCUUUGUUCAUCCCAACUUCACUGUCACUUCUCCUAAAAAUGACCUGAUGCUGAUCAAGUUGUCUAUGCCUCUCACCUUCUUCUCCCCUGAGGUUCUUCCGUUGCCUGCUCUUGUGAAAAAUGAAAUUAAAGAUUGCUUGAUUCACACCUGGUUACAGUAUCAAGAAGUUUUUGGAAACCCAGACAAUAACCUGUACAGCAUGAGGAUUCAAUGGAUUCCAGAUUUGAAAUGCAAAAAAUUACUGGGUAAAAAAUUCCUUGAAGACAUGUUCUGUAUGAGUAACAUAGAAGGGAAUGGACAGCAGUGCCAGGUGGUCACAGCUGCACCGGUCAUCUGUGACCGUGAAUUACGAGGAAUUAUGUCUUGGGCAACUGGAUGUAUUCUGACAGGAUACAUUAUUGUCUUCACUGACCUCCACAGCUACAGUCCAUGGAUCAAGAACGUUAUUUCUACAAAAUAA